GAAUAAUAAGGAAAGACUAGUUAAAUAUUUUUUUUGAACAAUUUCAAAUACGGAGUUGAGUCAUAAUUUUGCAUUUUAUAAAUAACUUUUCAAUUUGAAAAUUAGUUAAGUUUUGGAUAUUAUACAUAGGUAUAAUUAUUAUAAAUUGAAAAAUGGGUUUAUUUGGUAAAUCAACUCAAAAAGAUCCAAAAGAACAGGUCAAUGAAUGGUGUUCAAAAAUACGAAAGGAGGGCUAUCAGUUGGAUAGGCAAAUUCGUGGUAUUCAAAGGGAAGAAGAAAAAGUUAAAAGAUCAUUGAAACAAGCAGCUGCAAAGGGUGAUAAAGAAUCUUGUGUGAUUUUAGCCAAAGAAGUUAUAAGGGCAAGAAAAGCAAUAAAUCGGAUACAUACAAGUAAAGCACAUCUAAACUCAAUUCAACUUCAAAUGAAAAACCAAUUAGCUACCUUACGCGUUUCUGGUUCGUUGCAAAAGUCUACAGAAGUGAUGCAAGCAAUGCAAAAUUUGAUACGUUAUCCAGAAUUAGCUGGUAUAAUGCAAGAUAUGUCCAAAGAAAUGAUGAAAGCAGGUAUAAUUGAAGAAAUGUUAGAUGAAACAAUGGAUUCAAUUGAAGAUUCUGAGGAAAUGGAAGAACAAGCUCAAGCUGAAGUUGAUAAAGUAUUGUGGGAAAUAACUGAUGGAAAAUUAGGGGAAGCACCUGAAGUUCCUCAAGGUGCUGUAGCUGGCACGGCUCCAAAAGAAACUGUAGCUGCCGAAGAAUCAGAUGAAGAAGAUUUGAAGGAGAUGCAAAGCAGAUUGGCAUCUUUAAAAUCUUAAAUGUAGUUUUUUUUCUAAUUUGUAAGAAUUGUACCUACACUAUUUAUAAAAUCAUAUAAGUAAUUAAAUACUGAAGUAUGAAUAAGAAGUACUUGUGAUUGAGUAUAAUUUGCAACAUUUUUUUUUUAAAUAUAUAAAUAAUUAAAUUGAAUUGAUUAAUAUAGAAGUUUAAAUGCAUUUCACAUAAUAAAAUAAUGUUGGCUUUAAAACUUAUCUUGCGGUUGAUUGCAUUGAUGUGAUUACGAUCUUUGUAUUGGAAACUUAUAAUUUGAGCUCCUGAAUUGUUUUGUAUUAAUUUUUUUUAAUGUUAGAAAAAGGUCCAAAAAAUAUAAUACAUAUAUUUUUUAUAAAUUUUGUUUUUAGUUGUUUAUAAUUUUUUUUUUACUUAAUGUUUAAUAAAUUAUGCUACGAAAUUAAAUUAAAACUUAUAUUGUGCACUUAUAUACAAUAUUUAUAUAAAAAUUAUUGUGUUACAUUUAUAAUAAAAAAAUUUAUACA